UCUCCAACAGUCUCCGCCCGCGCGGCUGCUGCCACGUCCGGCGCGCUGCUCUGACUCAAAGCAGCGGGGAGCCGCGGUGGGGGAGGAGGUCUCGCUCGUGGAGAGGCAAGGGGGAAACUUUGAAGCUUCCUCUGCAGCAAGGAGCUGAGGAUUUGUUCAGCCUGUGCCGGACAAGAGGGCACCGUUGCGCGCGCUCUUUACGCACAGCAGACAGAGCGGACUGUGGGUCUCCAACAUGUCCGGGGCCACAGCUUCAGGAACAGAUGGGUCCAAAAAAGAUGUCCGCCGUCUCCGGAAUAACUCAGGUUACCAGUGCACGCCCUUGCCUCUUCCGCCUCUGGGCACCCAAAGGAUCAUCCAGGGCAACGGGACUAAUGUGGGCACCGUCAUCUCCCUGCAGUGUCCGGCCAAACACAGACUGGUGGGCAAAGAAAUGACGUGUGUGAUGGGCCCCAACAGCACCCAGUGGGUUGGGGGGACGUACUGCCGACCUCUGUCUGGGGACUACGGUUUCCGUGUGGCUGUUCUGGCGUCCAUCAUCAGCUCAGGGAUAAUAAUGUUCAUGUCUGUGGCCUUCAUCACCUGCUGUCUGCUCGACUGCAUCAAAAAGGAAACGAGGAAAAAGUCUGAGCGAGAGUCAAAUGUUUUGAGGUGUGAAGAGCAGCAGGUCAACUGGAAUCAAUACAAUCGUAAAGGCCAGAACAACAACAAUAACAACAACAAUAACAGCAGACAGAAAAAGAUGCUUCCUUUGUGGGACACUGCUAACCCUGCUCUGUGUGAAAACAUGCACCUCUGCAGAUGUCAACAGCAGUACACCCACAGUUGUUCACCCUGCACCUACAGCCACCCACCAUCACUUGCUGCUCUUCCUGGACACAUCCACCCCCAGCUUCUCUUACCCCGAAAUCUGGACUCUUCCUGUCCACCGAGGUACCCAGGACCACCUCUGUCCUCCUGUCAGACUCCCAGCUCAGGCCUCAGGUCUGGAUCGUCGUGGCGGUACGGAGGAGAGCACAGCAGCUCGUCAGAACUGAUGACAGACGAGUCCAUCAGGAAGAAUAAAAACUCAAACAGGACCCCCAAAGACAUUUCCAUAAAGAUCAUAUCGGUGUGAGGACACAGAGAGAACAAACUUCAAGAUUUAUGUAACUGGGCCAAAAUGUCAAUCUUCUGUUUCUGUGAAAAAAAACGUCUCUUUGACAAAUAUUGUUAAAAGGUUUCAGUCAGGACACAUAAAUCUGAAAGUUACGGCUUUGAGCGGAUUGUGAUGCCACACUGCUACCUGGUGGACAAAAGCAGUCAUUGCACUUUAAUCAGAUUUCUACCUGAUUGUUUACCUGUUAAAUAGUUUACUGAUUCAUUUACAUCAAACUGUUAUCGAGUGUGAAAUGUUGAUAUUCAGUGGCAGCAGAAAAAAUGUAAAUGUGAAUUUUAAACAAAAAAUAAUAAAAAAAUAAAAUUAUUUCUACUACAA